AUGUCAACGUGCACACUCCAUAAUGGUGACCCCAUGCCUGUCCUUGGGUUGGGAACAUUUCGAAUCAAAGACGUCAAUGAGCUACGACCUGUAGUACGCGAAGCCAUACAUGCUGGUUACAGACUCAUAGACUCUGCCACCGUGUAUCGCAAUGAGGAAGCACUUGGUACUAUUCUACAAGAGGUCUUUGAGGAUCCUUCCUUUGACGUGUCACGUCAAGACAUCUUUAUUACAUCCAAACUAUCACCACAGCAUCAAGGAUUUGAAAAGUGCUAUCAAGCCGUGCUCGAUUCUCUAGAGAGAUUUGGAUUGGAUUAUCUCGAUUUAUACUUGAUCCAUUGGCCUGGAACAGCCAAAAAGAAACUUUCAGAUCCUGUGAACCGAGAAAAUCGUCUUGGUAGCUAUCGAGCAUUGGAGAAACUAUACCACGAAGGCAAGAUUAAGCAUAUUGGCGUAUCCAAUUUCACUGCAAGGCAUUUGGAAGAUCUACUCGAGUAUUGCACCAUCGUUCCACACGUACAUCAAUUUGAGCUCCACCCAAGAUUGGUCCAACAAGAUGUUCUUUCAUUGUGUGCAAAACACAAGAUCCAGGUGCAAGCCUAUUCGAGUCUUGGCGAAGGCAAUCUAUUACAAGAUCCCGAUAUCGUCAUUCCUGAUUCGUCUCUUUCUCGAGCUCAAGUCUUGCUUCGAUGGGCUAUACAACAUGGGUGGGCUGUCAUCCCAAAAUCAAGUUCGCCGGAUCGCGUAGCCGCCAACGCUGAUGUUUUUUCAUUCGAAUUGUCAAAAGAGGUCAUGGCGCAAUUGGAUGAGCUGCAUACAACAAGACAACAGAAAUUUUGCUGGGAUCCAUGUGAUGUCUAUUAG